CCCUCGGGACACGCGCUUCACACCAAGCGGCGGGGCAGGGCCAGGCGUGAUUGCCUAGGAAACAUCGGCGAUCCAGAGCAGGCCGUUCUAGCCCCCCCGCGUCUCGUUGGUUGUCGGCUCUCUGGUCCCGGAGCCCUCUCUAUGGUCAUGGCCUCCCGAAGGGGGCCAGCCUGGGCUCCGCGGAAGAGGGGCUAGGAAUUUGGCAGGAUGCGGGCUCCGGGUGCGGGCACGGUCUCCUUGGCCUCGCUGGCGUUGCUGUGGCUGCUGGGGCUGCCGUGGACCUGGAGCGCGGCGGCGGCGUUCGGCGUGUACGUGGGCAGCGGCGGCUGGCGCUUCCUGCGCAUCGUCUGCAAGACUGCGCGGCGGGACCUCUUUGGCCUCUCCGUUCUGAUCCGUGUGCGCCUGGAGCUCCGGCAGCACCGGCGUGCAGGCCACACCAUCCCACACAUCUUCCGGACUGUGGUACAGCGACAGCCCGAGCGCCUGGCCCUGGUGGACGCGGGCAGUGGCGUGUGCUGGACUUUCGCACAGUUGGAUGCCUACUCAGAUGCCGUGGCCAAUGUCUUCCACCAGCUGGGAUUCAUGCCCGGUGAUGUGGUGGCCAUCUUCCUGGAGGGGCGGCCAGAAUUUGUGGGGCUGUGGCUGGGCCUGGCCAAAGCAGGCAUAGUGGCAGCGUUGCUAAAUGUGAACCUGCGGCGAGAGCCCCUGGCCUUCUGCCUGGGCACCUCGGGGGCAAAGGCCCUCAUCUACGGCGGGGAGAUGGCUGCGGCCGUGGCAGAUGUGAGCAGGCAGCUCGGGAAGAGCCUCCUCAAGUUUUGCUCCGGGGACUUGGGGCCUGAGAGCAUCUUGCCAGACACCCAGCUCCUGGACCCACUGUUGAAGGAGGCGGCCACCACCCCGCCGGCACCGCCUCCCAGCAAGGGCAUGGAUGAUCGGCUCUUCUACAUCUACACUUCGGGGACCACGGGGCUGCCCAAGGCUGCCAUCGUGGUGCACAGCAGGUACUACCGCAUUGCAGCCUUCGGGUACCACUCCUACAGCAUGCGAGAGGCUGACGUGCUCUACGAUUGCCUGCCGCUGUACCACUCCGCAGGGAACAUCAUGGGCGUGGGGCAGUGCAUCAUUUACGGGCUGACUGUGGUCCUGCGCAAGAAAUUCUCUGCCAGCCGCUUCUGGGACGACUGUGUCAAGUACAACUGCACGGUGGUGCAAUACAUCGGGGAGAUCUGCCGCUACCUGCUGAAGCAGCCAGUAUGCGAGGCUGAGCGGCAGCACCGUGUGCGCCUGGCCAUGGGCAAUGGGCUGCGUCCAGCCAUCUGGGAGGAGUUUGCACAGCGCUUCGGCGUGCCGCAGAUCGGCGAGUUCUAUGGUGCCACAGAGUGCAACUGCAGCAUGGCCAACAUGGAUGGCAAGGUUGGCUCCUGUGGCUUCAACAGCCGUAUUCUGACCCACGUGUACCCUAUCCGGCUGGUGAAGGUGAAUGAAGAGACAAUGGAACCACUGCGCGAUGCCCAGGGCCUGUGCAUCCCAUGCCAGCCCGGGGAGCCCGGCCUCCUUGUGGGCCAGAUCAACCAGCAGGACCCUCUGCGCCGCUUUGAUGGCUAUGUCAGUGAGAGCGCCACGGGCAAGAAGAUCGCGCACAGCGUGUUCCGCAAGGGCGACAGCGCCUACCUCUCAGGUGACGUGCUGGUGAUGGACGACCUGGGCUACAUGUACUUUCGGGACCGCAGCGGGGACACCUUCCGCUGGCGAGGAGAGAACGUGUCCACCACGGAAGUGGAGGGGGUGCUAAGCCGCCUGCUGGGGCAGACAGAUGUGGCCGUGUAUGGAGUGGCUGUGCCAGGCGUGGAGGGGAAAGCAGGCAUGGCCGCCAUCGCAGACCCCCAUGGGCAGCUGAACCCGGACGCCAUGUACCAGGAGCUACAGAAGGUUCUGGCGCCCUACGCCCGGCCCAUCUUCUUGCGCCUGCUGCCCCAGGUGGACACCACAGGCACCUUCAAGAUCCAGAAGACACGACUACAGCAAGAGGGCUUUGACCCACGCCAGACCUCAGACCAGCUCUUCUUCCUGGACCUGAAGCAGGGCCACUACCUGCCCCUGGAUGAGGGGGUGUAUAGCCGCCUCUGCUCGGGUGCCUUCGCCCUGUGAUGGCCCUGCUGCCGGGAUGCUGACCUGACCAACCCCACACCUGGCAACACCACUGGAAUCCAAUGUCCUCCCUGCCCCUCUGUCUCUCUCCACCUCCCUCGGUGCCCUCUGUCCAUCCUACCCAGAGCUGCAGCCUUCAUGCAUCCUGGCACCAGAGGUUGCCUUUCCCUUGGGGACCAUAGGGGUUCCCACCACCUCCCUGUGCCUUAUGAGCCCCAUGCAGCCUCAGGCUGCUGGGCACCAACCUUGUAGCCACUGUGGCCUCGAACCAGACUUGGACUCCUGCCCAUUGCAGGCAGUGGUGCCCAGCAUGCCAGGGGUUAGGUGGGAAUCAUAGGAGACCCUGGCUACCGCCUCCAGAAAAACUGGAAAUAUUUCUCAUUUUUCUCUUUUCAUUCUUUCCUCUUUUUUUUUUUUUUUCCUUGAGACAGAGUCUGGCUGCGUAGCAGAGGCUGGAGGCCUGGAACUCCAGACCCUCCUGUCCUGGCCUCCGCAGGCAUGGGCUCCCAGACACAGCCAUGCUGCCACCAUCUGGACCUGGUCUCACCUUUUGCACUUUGCUGUCUCUGAUGGGUCUCUCCACCCACCUUCCUCUUCCGAUGUCCUAGAAGCUUCUGGAAUUGACUGUGCUGUGACAGCAGGGCCGUGGAGACUACAGCUGCCCCCUAUGUGUUCCCACCAGCCUGGAAGUUUCAGGGACAGUGUGUGCCACAGGGCUUCGGGGUGUGUGGCACAGCCUCUCGGCCCCCUGGAAGCCCUCGCUGGACGUCCCCACUAGCUUUCAGCUGAUGGCUAAGCCCCUGAGCUGUGGGUGGUGGCAGGAAAGUCCCCUCUCCCACGAUGGCCUAGAUGGCCCAUGGGUUCUGGUGGCCUGUCAAGCACAGCACUGGGGCAGGCUGGUGUGGCCAGCACUGCUCUGUCUAGUGCAGGUGGGGGGGGGCAAUGAGGACGUGGUGAGGUCAGCAGCCAAUGUCUGCACGGCCUCUGAAGCCACCACAGCAGGACCUCCCAAUCCCGUGGUUUUCAGAAAUAAAUGCUGCCAGCUGGCACCUGCCAGG